AUGAAACUUCGUGGCGUGCUUCGAGCGUUCAAACUGCCAGCUGGACAGCAUACCAUUGGCACCAAGUGGGUAUUCAAUAUCAAGCGGAAAGCUGAUGGAUCCAUCGAGAAAUACAAGGCGCGUCUCGUGGCAAAAGGGUUCAAGCAGAAAUAUGGCAUCGACUACACGGAGACGUUUUUCCGGUAG